AUGUAUAUUUCUCAGACUGGUUUUGAAGAUCCAAGACGAACGUGUGCGUUCAUUGAACCUGACCUAAACGGCAGUAAAUGGAGCAGUGAAGGAUGCACAUUGAAUAAAUCUGAAUCAAGUGAGAAAGAUGUUACCUGUGAUUGUGAUCAUAACACUGCUUUUGCUAUCUUGAUGGAUGUUUCGGGUGUGCAGGUAAGAAGAUGAAUCACUUCAGUUAAAGGUCAGUGGAGCACCGGUAGGAGAUCGGAACGCUGACCGUUACUGCUGAGUGAAUCCUGCUACUGUGAGGGAUUAGUGUUAAGAAAACCUGUUUUCAAUAAAAGGAGGCAUACUAUUGCAUUUCCACGUUUUUAUGUAAUGCAAAGGCCUAGGGAAGUUCUGUUCGUAUAAUUUCAUUUAUAUAAAAGAUUCGUUGCUUUCUGAGCACUUGGUUAUCCUGGCCAAUAUCCUGUGAUAACUCUAACGAGCCUUUCCCAUCUUCAAAAUACGUAAAAAAUAGUUAUACGCUCUCAGCCACGUACUCCGUCCAAGAAGUACGUAGAGCUAGAGAUCGCCGGGGUAAUACUGAAAUAGUUAACACUGCAUGCUUAUACCAGCUGUUUUCCACUCCAGCGGAUUCGUAACGGGCUAUGGCGCUUUGUUUCAUUCAUUUACUUGAACUGCAAGCAUAGCAAGAUGCAUCUGUUACUAUAAUGGGCUGUUCAUAGGAGCUAGGCAGGCCAGCCAGGAUGAACAGUGUCAUGAGAAAAGAUCGUUUGAAUGAACUCUAUACUGACUAAGUUAAUUCAACUUUGAAAUGUGAUUUUGGAUGUUUAUCAAAGCCGUUCAGCUUAAUAAACGAAUCAUCCAAGUUAACCGGGACAACCCGGCUCCAUAUAAACACUGCUUAAGUAUACAACGAAAACCAGUGGCGGAAAUCCACUUUUUCCGGUGGGAGAUAAAGCCUCCUAAAUUACGGACAAAUUACUUUCAAAUUUCCGACAAACCCCCUCAUUUGCACUCGAAAAGGCUGUUUUUAGCCCUCUUUUAGGUCAAAAUCUCCGAAAAGUCGUCAUUUUCCCCGAAGGGGGGGGGGGGGGGGGGAAGAGGGCGCCCCACCAAGAUAUCCGCCACUGACGAAAACAGACAUAAAUAUUGUGGUGUCAAGUGUGUCUUAGGGUAACGGUUAAACGGACACGAAAUGAGAUGAGAGGAAGAAAAUAGUGGGAUUAAGGUUUUCAAAAAGUCAGCUAAUGCCGUCAGCUUUAGCGCACGAAUAUAUUUUCAUUGACCAUUACACUCAUUUAUACUCCAGUCAGAAACUCAUGCCUGAGCCUUAAAUUAUUGUACGCGAAACAUGAGAAUAUGACCUUAAAAAGUUACUGCAGGGGUCGGUUGUAUAAAACUCUUAAUCACUUUUUUAAUCACUAUUUUGUAGUUAAAUAGUGAUUAACUCUCAAAAAGGCGCUUCUUAUUGGAUGACAUUUCCACUUAACUAUGAUUAACUUUAGUCACUUUUUUAUACAACCGGCCCCAGGUGGGAAGGAAAUCUGCGGAGAAUAAUAAAAUUUAAGGACAGCUUUCUGGAGUUGAAAAUCUUAUUUUGACACUCGUUGUAUUAUCUCACACGACACCGGGCGAAUUCGAAACCAUGCGCAAAUUUGACCAUGGUACUGAUUUGGUUUUAUGUCUUUCGUGUGAACAAAAGGCAAAACCAGACAGUCCUACAACGAGAUUGGCCCAGAGCCUGCGCGAAACACGAUCACCACAAGCGCAAAGAAAUACUACUUUCAAAUAAAUACCAAGGAUUUGGAUUCUGUCGACGAAAGUAGCCAACUAACAGAAUGAUAAGUACCAACAAACGUAGCGAAUACAAAGCGACGCCAAACUCGAUUCGGGCACCGCAAUAGUGCAAAUUUUAGUACGAUAUCGAAUCAUCAUCCGAUCUCAAACUUUACACAAUAUUCCAAUAUAAGAAUUUUUCUUACUUUUUUAGCUAACAGAGUCUCAACGUAAAAUAUUAGAAACGAUUUCCACCAUUGGAUGUUCAAUAUCGUUGGUCGGCAUCACGCUUACCGUUCUUCUGCAUAUUUGUUUCUGGAAACAGUUGAAGUCACCUCGCGCCAAGGUUUUGGUUAGUUUGUGUGUUGCCAUUGGAUUCACUGAUAUCUUUGCUAUACUCGAGGGUGUUGCCAGAGAUAAUCCGGUAAGCUUCCUUGCCAAAAAUGUUUUUACUAUAUGCGAAGUUGGUAGCAUAGUCGGUGGUGGAUGAAGUUGGUAGCAUAGUGGUUAGAUGGUGAAGUUGGUAGCAUAGUUGUUAGAGGGUGAAGUUGGUAGCAUAGUGGAUAGAUGGUGAAGUUGGUAGCUUAAUUGUUAGAGGGUGAAGUUGGUAGCAUAGUGGUUAGAGGGUGAGGUACGUUGGUAGCACAGUGGUUAGAGGGUGAAGUUGGUAGCAUAUUUCUUGGGCGAUGAAGUUGGUAACAUAGUGCUUGGAAGGUGAAGUUGGUAGUAUGGUGGUUAGAUGGUGAAGUUGGUAGCAUAGUGGUUAGAGCAGGCAGAGAUUCUCAAUGCAGUUCGGAUGUUUGUUGCUGGUGAUGCGAAUUAACUUAGCAUGUUGUGUACACGUAAGUUCUCCAACAUGGUUUUUUAAAGUAAAUUAAUAAAGCCGAGUGUGUCUAAUUCAUUUUCAACAGAAUUUCUGCAAAGCAGUAGCGGCUCUUCUGCAUUUCUUUGUGUUGUCAGCGUUCGGAUGGAUGUUGUGCGAGGGAAUAUUACUGUACAUCUUACUGGUCAAAGUAUUUCAAGGAGUGCGUGGCAAACACUGGAAGAUCUUUAAUUUCAUAGGCUGGGGUAAGUAGUCUGUAUAUUGUUGAGGUAAUAAUGCUGUUUAACCCUCUGUAAAUAUUGAUUUAAUAAUAAUAAUAAUAAAUAAUAAUUCUGAUCAUUGACAAUUACAGUUGAUAUUAAACCCAUUUCCCAUGAAUUCGCCCAUCAUGAUCUGACCAUUCGGUUGUCUCAAACUUGGUUAAUUAACGUACAUCCACACAAUACGAAUGCGCGCUUUCAGUUUACAAGAUGCCCAUACCGCAAUUGCUCAAUAAAUUCACUGUAUUGGUUAAAGACUAAAGUGAAGGGAAAUGUUUUUAUUUAACUUUGAAGGCCGAAGGCUCGCGGUAUUUUCAGUUUGACAGAAACCUGUCCAUUGCUAAAACGACGCGAUAAAAGCUGGAUAAAAAGCUUUUAGAUUCAUUGCAAUAGAUGCUUUUCAACUCAACAAGAAAACAGAAGGUAAACUAGGUAAAAUAUUUAUUUUCCGGUUUGUUUUACAGCAUGAACAUGCUUGAAAAAUGCUUUUUGACAGAAAAAUACAAAUUUUAGUUGCCGAAAAGCAAUUUGUUCAUUACAACUUUUAUAAAAACAAUUAUGACCGAAAUAAGCCCAGGAAUUGUCUUUAAACUUGGCAUUUAAGGUAUUUUUUUUAAAUAUUAAUUGUACGUUGUACUAUUUAUACGUAUAUUUUCGAAGAAUAGCUGAAUAUAUGUGGAACACUUGAAUCAAAACAUGUAGCACUGGCCAGUUUUUUUCGAUGUUUAUGUUGGGUUUUUUCGCAUUUUGGCCGGAGAAAAGUACAUUUCAGGCUUGGCACUAAGUCCGCUGAAGCCAAUUCACUGUAUUAAUUUUACUGUCUUUAGUAUGGAUAGGGUGGAUUUUUAAACUUUUUGGGUAGUGUUUUGAGUUUGAAAAUUGUCUUCACUCCUCGGUUUGUCGCUAAAACAAUAGCAAUGUUGGACCACGGUCAAGAUAUCGUGAAAAGCUGCCCGCUGCUGCAGCCAAUCAGAUUACAGGAAAUAAAAAAUAUCAGUAGGCAUGCACAAAUAAAAAAAUAAGAGUAAGAUAAUAUUUCAAGUACAUCAUCUCUCAAGUCUUCUUCAACCAAAUAUAACACUAUAUUAUAUAUAAUGAAAAGAAUAAACACCAUUUUCUCAAUCUGAUAACUGCCGAUUUACUGUCAUCUCCUGCGAGGCAGUGGCUCAUAUUUCCCAAAAUCUUGAUACUUACUCAUGCACCUUACGUUAGGUUAAAGCUGAACAACUGGACUCUGCACCGGAAUCGCAGCGCUGCAGGUUCAAUUAAAUAGAGUGUUUGCAUGUGACAUCAUAAAAAUUCUAAAAGCUUAAGCGUUUAACAUAUAUAGUUGCCCAUUUUAUAUAUUUUGUAUAUCCUUACUACAAGUAUUCCUGGCAAAUUUCAAGUCGAUACAGUAAUGAAUAAUUGAAUAAUUUAUAUUGCUGACGUCAGCAUUAUUUUGAAAAGCCGUUAUAAGCUACGCGGUUUCCCAAACCUAAGUUGAAAUAAGUUAUUUGAAAUAAGUUCUUUCUUUUUCCAAACCUAAGUUGAAAUAGUUCUGUGUGCUUCCAAAAGCUUUAUAUACUUAACAUCAAACAGAAUUGAGGACCUGUGUGAUAAAAUAUAUCUUUCCUUGGGCAUUUACUACACGGCCGCCAUGUUGGUGGUCUGAGAUUGCGUAAUAUUGGACCACCAACAUGGCGGCCGUGUAGUAAAGGCUCAAGAAAAGUUAUAUUUUAUCACACAGGUCCACAAUUAUGUUUGAUAUUAAUUAUAUAAAACUUUUGAAAGCCCACCGAAAUAUUUCGACUUAUGUUUGGAAAAUCGCGUAGCUCAUAACGCUUUCAAAAUAAUGCUGACGUCAGCAAUAUAAAUUAUUCAAUCACCUUUAACUCGCGAAGGAAUUACUGAAUCGACUUGAAAUUUGCCAGGAAUACACGUAUUAAGGACAUACAAAAUAUAUAAAAUGGGCAUCUAUAUAUGUUAAACGCUUAAGCUUUUAGAAAUUUUAUGACGUUACAUGCAAACGCUCUAUUCCUUCCAGGGGGGCCAUCUACGAAAUCCUUUAGCAUAUCAUUUAUUGUACUUAAUCUAACUUACUGGUAGCUUGCCGAUAACAGCUUUCAGUGACUGAACAAGUCCAAAUCUGUGUAAAUAUAUAUUAAUAUAUAAUAUUAAUAAUAAAUCCCGAAAUGCAAGUAAAAACCACGACGUGCUUACCCCUCGUUAUAUCAAUAUCAAUAUCAAUAUCAAUACAGGCAUUCCUUUAUUGAUUGUUGUUGUAUCACUUGGAGCGACUCAGGGAGAAGGAUAUGGAACAGACUCUUCAUGUUGGCUUAGUGUUAAAAAUAACGUGAUUUGGGCGUUUGUGGGACCUGCUCUCCUCAUCAUAUUGGUAGGUGCUCUCGUCUCAUUCUUUAGCCAUGUAGUUUGUGCGUGUAUCUGUGAUCCCGGUAACGAAAUAUCGUUUAGCAGAUGUUGCUAUUAGUGUUAUAAAAUAUAUGACGGGUUUCCUUCGUCCAUCUUUGCUUAUAUUAUUUCUUUCAUCUAUCAGGCCAACACAUUCGUGUUUGUCAUGAUGCUACGUACAAUGAUGAACUCUCACAAUAUCAAACAACGGGACAAUAUUGGUAAAGUCAGAGUUGGUGUAAAAGCCGCUGUAGUAAUCUUCCCAAUCCUAGGUUUGACUUGGGUGUUUGGCUUGAUGACUUUCAACAAAGAAACGUUGUUCUUCCGCUACCUUUUUGCCGUGUUCAAUUCUGCGCAAGGAAUGCUAAUUUUCUUGUUUCAUUGUGCCUUUAAUAAACAGGUAAGUGCCGCGAGGAUAUCUGAAGUUAGCUGUCCAUAGUAGGCAAUAUUUUUUACAAUAAGCUGCCGUGGUUUGUGCCUGGAUUUCCUCCCAAAAAUAUCUCAAACGCGAGGUUCAGGAUGCAUGCAUAGUAUUCUACCAUCAGCUGUCGUGAUUUGUGUCUGAAACGACCUGAACAGAUAACUCAAACGUGUUGUUCAUAUACUACAAUAAGUUCGCACUUCAGCCAUAAACUACAUAGCUUAUUUAAAUCAGUAUAAUACCUAUGCUCUGGAACUCCACCAUAUGUGUGUCAGGUAAAUUAGUUUCAAGCCCCGCAUCUUAUUUUAGAUCUACCUAUAACACUAGACGACCGGUCUUUUUUAAGUCGUUUGAAACCAGGCGGGGGCAAUGUAAUAAUAUUAUAUUGAAUGCUGUACUAUCUACACGCCUGAGAUAUCUUUUUCAGCUAGCUUAGAAAAGAAAACACGGCAGCUUUUUGCAGAAUAUUUCUUACGCUCGUAUUUUUUUAGGUAGUUCAGACCUAACACAACGAAUCUCCACAUUUAAGAUUUCGUUUUCAGGAAAAGAUUAAUUAAAAACACUUGACAUUUCACGAGAAUUAGGCUAGAAGUUUUAAUCUGUCAUAAUACACGCCUUAUGUUUUCAGAUACGAGAUGUUGUCAGCAGCAGCAGCAGCAGCACAUUCUCAACUGUCUUGGGCAAAAGUUCUACUCCCCAUUCAAAGAGUAAGAAAAAUGUGCUUUAAAAUGCAUAUGAAACAGAACGUUUUGUUGUCCUACUUAAAAGAACUAUAACAACUACGAUCGCACUACUGGACCAUGCAGGAACUGUCUUGGUUGAUAUAUGUCGAAUAUACAACAUUUUCAGAAAACGUAUCAUGCAUCUUUUUGACGUAAAAACCUUCACACGUUUAUCAAACUUACUGAAAUAUUUCGUAUUAACAAAGCGGAACUAAAAACUGCAAAAGAAGUUACUCUACGUUUUUAUAGUUGUAUUAAAUAAUACAAUGUUUCAUAUGCACUUUAAUCCGUUCAUAUUUUAUAUUUCCAUAUGUUCCAUGUCUUUGUUAGUUAAUUAGCAAUUGCAUUCUCCUCAUCAGUAAUUUCACAUUCAAACUAACCAAACCACACCAUUGACAUCAUUCGUUUUCUCAGAUUCCACAAGUUCACCUAACAAGAGACUUGGUUCGGAUAUAAACCAGAAAAUGGUUGAAAAGAAUACGAGACUACAGGCAGAGAGAAGUAAAUCUGAAAGUGCUGGGCAUGGUGGGUAUAACAACCUGAACGUGUCUGUGGAUGAGGAAGCGAAAGAAGAUGAUGUACACGUUAUGUCAACUGUCCAAGGUUAGUCAUGUUGCAAACGUUUUGCUACCUGCUUACAUGCGGCAACUAUAUUUAUAGUGGAAAGCUAUAUCAAUUUCCGCUGGUUUGGCAGAAGUGCCAACUUAAGUUGCUUCUGUUUUAACUGCACAAGGGAACCGGACUAAUUGGACAAAACCUGCGAUCUUUAGUGAACUCAAACAGCAGUCAUUCUUCUGACAUGCGGCUGUGCAGGAAUUGAACCCCGAUUAAUUGAUUUCAAGAGAUUGAGUAUAAUCGGCUUAUUAUAAAGGCGCGUUUAUUAUGUUUAAUAAUUAAUUCAUAUCUUCUACAUUAUCUGUACACCUUGUAUUGGCAUGUUUUAAAUAGCUUCCAAUUCAUUCUGUGAGUUAAUAAUUUAAUACACAUAAAAAUAAUACUCGACUGUGAAUUUCAGUGCAGUUAAUCUCAAACAGCAGUCAAAUUCUGUAACAACAGUGCAGAAUUUUGUAAUGACAGUGUAAAAUUCUGUAACAAAAGUGCAACCGUCUGUAACAACAGUGCAAAAAUCUGUAACAAAUUGAUCUGAGUGGUUGAAAACAAAGAAACCUAAAAGCGACCUUAAAGCAGUCUACUCAGUCUUCAAGUAACGGUCAGAGACGGAUUGAAAACAAAACAAACAUGGCGCCACGCUACAUAAGUAAAAUUUUAGUUAAAAUUUUAGAGUGGAAAUUAUGGCUUCUAUCUUUCUUUCAGUAAGUGGGGCCACUUAGAGAACACUAACCAAUCACAUUACAGAACAAAAAUAGAAAAAAAUCAACAAACGGCGCAUUAGCCGCAUCAACAAACGGUAAAAAUAGACUUGAAAAGUAAACACUGCAGUUACUGGCUUCCUGAAGCGAACUCCAUGCUUUCUUUUGAUUGGACGAGCUUUAGUUUGAUUGGAUUUCUAUUUUUGUUCUGCAAUGUGAUUGGUUAGUGUUAUAUAAGUGGCGUUAGUGGCCCCACUUACAGUAGACGCACUGUAAAUGGAAAAGACUUUACCUUAACCAACCCUAACAAACUUACAUAGUUGAGUGAAAUUUUCAAACUUUCAGCGUUGAAUAAUAAUAUAACAAAGCAGGAAAAUUUGUCAGUGGACAGUUCGCUUCAAACGUAUGUUAAAACUACAAUAAUCUCGAACCUUUUUAUGUAUAUUCGUAAAAUUUGGAUAAAACAUGCACUCGUGAGUUUUUCAAAGAGCUCAAAUUGCACUCGUCCUUCGGACUCGUGCUGUUUCGAUGUUCUUUAAAAAACUCGUACACUUGUGCAUGUUCCAUCCAAAUUGCACUCGAAACCUUCCUAUUACCUAUACUAACACGAUAACAUAUAAAGUAUAGACAUGUACACUUGCUUGACUGUGUAGCAAUUUGGUGGAGUGUACACGAAUCUAUAACUUGAAAUCCAGCCUGACAAUGUAAUCCAUUGUUUUUAAAUAAAUAAGUUUUGGUUUUCAUUGCAUGUGUUUCUAUAGUUUUCAUUGCAUGAACCUGCAAAUUUCUGGAAGUGUAUAUUGGUAAAUAAAAGAAUACGUAUCAUCCACGUAAACUUUUUUCUAUAUAGGAAACAAAGAAAGAAACAACCACAGUUCAUCAAACCGGUUCGUACGAAGGGAAAUUUCGUUUGGCCGAGACAACAAUAAUGUAGAGUCCCUCGCAUGACAUUCACGUUAAUAAUUGUAGUCAUUUUAAUUCGCUAUUUUUAGUGUUACCUAGGUAACAACCGUUUUGCAUCCGAACACUGGCGCCUUUCGCUGGCGAUUGUUCGGAGAGAUCUAGUCAGCCUAAAGGCGGAUUUCCAUUCAGUGGAAAAAGUCGCGCGAUCAACUUUUUGCGAUCACUUUCUUUUCAAAUGCGUGCAGUCAACCUCAUCCGCUGUGCUUGAUUGCUUGUAUUUCAAAAGAAAGUGGUCGCAAAAAGUCGAUCUCGCGACUUUUACCACCGAAUGGAAAUCCGCCUUGAGGCUCUUUUCCACUCAUUGCAAAAAACAACCGGCAAGUUCGCUGCGAGUACUUUCAUGCAAUCACAAUGCUCGAAAGUUUAUUUUAAUUAGAUGCAAUCACUCGCAGCGAGCUUGCGAGUUGGUUUUGCGAUGAGUGGAAAAGAGCCUUUAUAUUCUAUUGGAGGGUUUGGUAAACACAACAGCAACGAGAACGUGCUCAUCAACAAUAGCCUCUGCAACGAGCAACGAGAACGUGCUCAUCAACAAUAGCCUCUACAAAAAGCAACGAGAACGUGCUCAUCAACAAUAGCCUCUGCAACGAGCAACGAGAACGUGCUCAUCAACAAUAGCCUCUACAAAAAGCAACGAGAACGUGCUCAUCAAAGCCUCUACAACGAGCAACGAGAACGUGCUCAUCAACAAUAGCCUCUACAACGAGCAACGAGAACGUGCUCAUCAACAAUAGCCUCUACAAAAAGCAACGAGAUCGUGCUCAUCAACAAUAGCCUCUUAACUAUAAAACAAGGCCACUAUAAUGUGCUAAAUUAACAAUUCUAGUAUGCCAUCGUUGUUCAAACUACUGCGUCAUUUACGUCGUUUUCACGGUUCGCAACCACGCCGACAUGUACAGAGUAAAACGUUCAAGCUUUUGGAGUGUUUUAUGUAAAUUCACUUACUCUUGUUACUUCAGGAAAUUUCGGGGUUGUGUAAAAGAAAGAUCAGUACUUUUAAAAUUUAGUAAUGUACGUUUUAACAAAAAUAUUAGUGAUUUUGCUUUUUGUCGUCGCUGUUGUUGAUUGCAUGCAAACUCAUUAUUGUGACACUGUUAGCAGAGGCGGUGAAUUAUACGUUUCGCUGAAUAUAACUAUACUGAAUAUUUUGCCCUUUAUAUAUAUUGCCCUAUACUGCGUAUUUUGCCAUUUUACAAGGUAAUUUUUUGAAAUUGUUUAAAAGGCAUUUAGGUGCAAGGAAAUCCGAUGAUUGAGCAACCGAUAGACCUUUUUUAUAAUGCCCGGAAAACCAAUUUAUGCGAUAUCCCAUGGGACAAUGCAAGUCGUUGGCGAGCCAACAAAUUUCAUUAAAAAAUCAUUUGCAUUUCGAACUGUUGCUAAAAAUUCUCCUUUGGACAUCGCAUUAAGUAUUCUUCCGUCAUUAUAAAAAGGUCUAUUAAACUGCGUGACAAGCACUGUCCACCUCCUGAGUAUAUGAUAACAUUAAUUGCACGACUGGGCUUCUUGUAUAGCUGUAAAUAACUUUACCUUUUCGUCUUCUAUCAAGAAGCAGGCUGUGUGUAAAACCUAAAGUGCAGAAGUGGUCGCUUGAUUACCUUCAGGGUGUCUAAAGAAAAUCACCAUUUGGUUGUAAACACCCAAGCUUCAUUACAUUUGGGAGUUUAGAAUGCAUUCUAAUCGUCCCAGCAUAUGAAUUUUGAAACUGCAUAAAUAACCUUUCAUAUAAUGACGUCAAACGCGGAAAACCAAUUAACAAUAGAGAGGUUAAGAUACCCCUGUUCCGGUUUAUGGGUACGGGUGAUAUACACGUACCCGUACCCGUAAAUCGGGUAAUAACUUAUUACUUAAGAAAUCCAAGAUACUCCGAUUAGAGAAUGGUAACUUUCCCUGUUCAGGUUCGCCAUAAAUUGUUGAAAACUUUGACGAGCAUGUGUGCAUUAUUUAUUUGGGUAAAAUGUUGAAAAUUUUAACUUUUUAAACGGCCCACAAAUAGUAAACAGAGUACACCGGUACCCGUUUGUCGUUUACGUGUAGACCAUGGUUAACCGCGGGGAAACGGGUAGAAAUUACGGGUAAAAAUGCUGACAUGAGCAAAAAAUGGUAAACAAAAUGGUGAUACUCGUACCCGUAAACUGGAACCGGGGUAUCUUAACCUCUCUAUUAUCGCUCCGUCACACGAUUAGUCGGAGUUUUAGAGGGUUUUAGUACCGUUGAAGAGGUAAUUCGAUUGAGACCAUAACCAUGGGUCAAUCGUAGUAUUUCAUGGCCAUGCAUGCACUUGGGUAUUGACGAAUUACCUAACUGAGUCACUAAUUAUAUUAUUGUUGUUCUCGAAAAUCUGCUCCGAAACGAGGUAAACAUGCAAGCUAUAGUAAUAAAGUAAUAUACGAGAGGUCAGGAAAACUGUUACGGUCACAAUUACGUCAAAGGGAAGAGGCGUGGGCCAGUGGAACGACAAAGUAACGGCCACGAACGAUGCUCAUCCAUCGCGAUCACAUCGACAGGGGCGAAACGAUGCCAAACCGACGGAAAACGAGACGGUUCGAACGAAACGCGGAAUAAACGCGCGUCAGAUGGACGACAACAAAACGUACUACUAGGGGCAACGAUGUCUCGCGAUUUCUGUUGCAGCACAACAAUGUACAGCACACAAGGGAUUGAGGAUUACACCCAACCAGCCAACAGAAGAGUGAGGUGGGAGGGAAGCGUUUCUAGUGACUAAGCAUGGGAAUCAAAGGGCUGGGCUUUAUAAGGUAGGGAUGGCAACCUCAUUAGCACACCCC